UUCGAAGUUGCUAUCAAAUGCAUGCCGAGUAAUCCCCAUGGUUAAAGACCGAAUUCCAAAAAGUGUCUUAUGCUUUUUUUCAAAUUUGAAAAUCGUUUAUUUUAAAUUUCACCAACUUUUUUCUGGAUAAUACUAUGGAAGAGCACGUCAAUUACACUAGGUGUGCACUUAGUUUUUGUAAUAACACUUACUCGAGAACUGAAAAUGAACAAUUAUCGUUUUUUAGAUUUCCUGAAGAUCCAGUAAGAUGUGCUAUUUGGGUUAAAAACUGUGAUUCAAAAUAUUUGCCGUAUGUAGAACCAAAAAUAUUGAAUAAAAGGUGUAAAUUAUGUUCAUUGCAUUUUGAAGACCGAAUGUUCAAUUUCCUAAAGAAUAGACUCUUAUCCAAUGCAGUACCAACAUUAUUUAAAAAUAAACCUUCAGUAAUAACAGCAAAUACAUCUCAAAAUGUUUAUGAAACUAUUACAAUAGAUGAUAACGUCCCAGCAGGUAUCCCAAUUGAUCCUCUUACAUCUUGUACAGAAUAUGAUAAGUAUGUUAACAAAAACCUUUUUGAUGCACCAACAACUACUGGAGUUGUAAAAAUGUCAGUAAGUCUUCAAACUCCAAAUUACUUAUCGGCCAGAUCACCACGAAAACUUAAACUUAAGAAGCAACUAGCUGAAGAAAUCAAUGUAAAGAAGCAGUUAGAAAAAACUGUCAACGAAUUGAAAAGACAAUUAGACCGAACAAACACUGAAAAUAAUUGUCUUAAAUUGUGUGAAACAUAUUUACCCUCAACAAUGUACUUGCUGGUAAAAAAUUAUUUGACAAACAAACAUAAAACACCCAAUGGCCAACGACAUCUUGAUGAAAUAGUACAAUUCUCACAUACUGUUCAUCAUCUUGGACCUAAAGCUUAUGGUUUCCUUCAAAAACAUUUUACCCUUCCUCAUAGGCGUACUUUAAGGAAAAAAAAUCUUCAAAAUAUUGACAAAAAUAUUCAAGACAUAGUUCAAAAUGACCAUAGGUACAGUAAAAUUUAAUAGUAUCUAUUAGAAACUAAUAUUUUUACAUUAUAAUCAAAGACUGAUUUGAGGUCAAAAAAACAAUUUAUGUAAUGAACUCUUU